CUCUCUCUAGACAAGAGAGAGAUGGGAAGGUUAUAAGAGUUGAGAAGAGAUCAGGAGAGGCAUCCAAAAGACAAGACAAGAGAGAAAGCUAGGUUUUUUCCAGACAGCUCUCUCUUGUUCUCUCUCUUUGUGUGUGGGGGUGUUAAUUUUCUCUCUCAUAUCUAGAGAGAGAAAGCUUUCUGUCUAUCUAGGCUUGCUUGCUUGCUUGCUUGUCCAUUGAUUAGAGGCCAAAAGAAACUUCCAUUGAUUAGAGUAGUAGCUGCCGGAUUCAUCUCUUCCAUUUGUUAUAUGUGCAAGGCAAAACGCCUCUCUCUCUCUCUCUCUCUCUCUCUCUCUCUCUCUCUCCCUCUCUCUCUAGCCAGCGUAGCGUAGCUCCACUUGUCCCUCUCCCUCUCCUCCCGCCAUAAAAACCACAGAGCCAGCCUCCCUCCCCACCUGCCUGCCUGCCUGCCACUCUCUUCCUCUCCCUCUCUCCACGCCUCUCUUUGCUUCGGCGACAUGCAAGCGUCGGCCAUGGAGCUCGUGCUCUUCCGGGAGGAGGGGGCCGUGGACGAUCGGCCGCAGCAGCACGGCGGUGCCGUCGUCAAGCGGAAGCGCACCAAGAGGCCGCGCCACCUGACGCCGCCGGCGGCCGCCAUGGCGUGCUCCUCCGCGUCCUCCUCUGAGAGCACCACCACCGAGGAGGAGGACAUGGCCCACUGCCUCAUCCUCCUCGCCCAGGGCGCGGCGCCGCCCGGAGUCGUCGUCGACUCGAGGCCGCCGCCCGCGACGGUGCCGCAGGAGGCCCGGCAGGGGGCGUCGUUGCUUCCUCCGCCCGGCCCUCUGCCGGCGCCGGCGGUGAUGUCGACGACCAAGACGGAGAGGUACACCAGCCGUAAGUACACGGAGGCGGCCACCACGGCGGACGGCGUCAGGGCUGGCUUCUACGUGUACGAGUGCAAGACGUGCAACAAGUGCUUCCCCACCUUCCAGGCCCUCGGCGGCCACCGCGCCAGCCACAAGAAGCCACGCCUCGCCGGAGCCGACGACGACACCGCCGCCAACGCCACCAGCGUCGCCAUCGCCAAGCUGUCCAAGCCACCGCCGACGAAGCCACCGCUGGUGCAGAUGACGACAGCGUCGCCACCACAGCCCCCGCCGCCUCAGGUCGACGCCGCGCCGGACGUGACCACCGUGCUGAGCCUCAACAACGGCGGCAGCGCCGUUUGCAACGCCGUCAACACCAACAGGCUCCGGGUGCACGAGUGCUCCAUAUGCGGGGCCGAGUUCGCCUCCGGGCAGGCGCUAGGCGGGCACAUGCGGCGCCACCGCCCGCUGCACGCGCCGGCCGAUCGCGUCACAACCACCACCGCUGCCGCGGUGACCGCGAUCACCGCGUCCACAACGAAGAAAGACAGCACCCCGGCCGGCAUCAACCUGGAGCUCGACCUCAACCUGCCGGCGCCGUCCGACGAGGAGUGCGUCUCACACCCGCCACCGCCACCACCACCAUCAUCGGCGCCACCGGUGGUGCUCGGCCUCGGGCCGUUCGACAGCGGCAAGAAACGGCUGAUGCUCACGGCCGCUUCCGCCGCGCUGGUGGAUUGCCAUUAUUGAUCGGCACGUCGCAUGCAGCUGGCUGGCCUGACGAAUUCUUUACUUUUCUUAACACCGAUUGAUUGUCCGAUCAUUCUUCUUCUUCCUCUUCUUCUUCUAUACAAAAUUACUUACAAAUUUGCUCCUUGGAACAUAUCAAGGAAACUGUAACAUACAAUUGAUUCUUUCAAUUCUUUGGCGUAAGGUUGACUAUAGGAAAUUAUUGACACUCACAUGUAUAUGUACCAUGUAAACACGAUUGAUCAUGUAUAUUGGUGCUGAAAUAUAUAAAUGGGAAUGAAAAAAAUUCCACUUUGUGACC